UCUACAGACGCUGCAAUGGAGGAUGGAGGAAGCCAUUCCACUGUGACUGAAUAUUUUGAGGUUGGGAUCUCCAGAACCAGAGAGCAACAGUCUCCGAAAUCUACAGACGCUGCAAUGGAGGACGUACAGUUGAAUGUAAGUGAAUCUCCGGAAUUUGAGAUGUCAAGCACCACCGAGCAUUCCUCUCUAGGACCUACGAAGUCAGAAGUGAAGAAAUUGGAUUCAAACCAUUCUUUUCCCAUGGACAAAAAAAACCUGCACAAUAUGGGUUUGGUUAACUACACUGAUUCUGAUGAAUCCCAGGAGCUAUCCAUAAAUCUUUACCAAAGUACUAUCCCAAAGCUCAGGAGAACUAAAUGUAUGCAGGUCAACAGCACACUUAGCCGUUAUCAGGUGGGAAAUGAAAUUGACGGUAAUGGAGAGCUUCUUUACUCCACCUCAGAGGACAGUGGAGAUGAAUAUAUUCCAGGCACAAGUGAGGAAUCAGAUGAGAGUGAAGGUUUGCAAUGUGUCGACUCUCUCGUUAAGAAGGAUAUCAUCAAAGAUUUGUUUCACCUUACAAAUACCUCAAAAGCCUCCUCGAUGCCAUCUGUUAUGCACGUUGAUGGACCAUCUCCUCAGCAUAUACCCAAACGUCAGUCCACCAAACGGAAACAAAAGUCACCCAAAAAAGGAAAAGGUCGACAACCGGUUAAAAAGAAGCCAUGGAAGAAAGAGGUCUUGGCUGUUGAGAAGCAUAUGAUGUCAUUCAUCACUACCUGCCGUGUUCCACGGAAGAGCGACUGCGAUGACUGCCUUAAAAAGGAACAAGUAGCACUCAAAAACAGGCAUUGGUCAGCAGUAAAAUUUUACAUUAAAAACAAGAUCACAGAUCUCAAAAGGAGAGUUUAGGGGGAUGUAGGGGUUAUAUAUGGUGACCCUUUUUAUAUUGCUAUUUGUGCUUUGUGACCAUCUCUACAGACCUCCGUGAAGUUGCCCCAUCAGAUGAAAAUUUAUAUAAAAAUGAUGGCAAUAGUUUGUGCGUUUUUUUUUUUUUUUGUGUCCUGCUAUUGUUGCAAUAUUUCUCUUAUAGGUUUGAGGUCAAUCAACCUCCCAUUUUGAUUUAAAAAAUGGUGUCAAUUGUUUGUGCUGUAAAAAAUUGUCGUUUGUGCUGCGAUCGUUUUAUAGAUAUUGAGAUAUUAAUUUCGAGUGAAGACGUCAUAACUCCCAUGGCUGACGGAGCUUAUCAACUCUCAAUAACAGAGGGCUGUCCAAACAACUAGCACGAACGUAUCAGGAACGAAUGGCACUUCUGGUCCAUUUUGCGGUUAAUGAGGAGCUGAGGGUGACGUCAUCACUCGUAAUUCAAAUCUCAAGCCCCCCCAUUCACUACAAAAUGGACCCGAAUUCGUUUCUGCUCGUUAUUGACACCCUCGUUAUUGAGACUUGAUACGCUCCGUGAGCCAUGGGAGUUAUGACAUCCUCACUGGAAAUUAAUAUCUAAAUAUAUAUAAAAUGAUACCAGCAUAAACAACAUUUUUUACAGCACAAAUGAUUGACAUUUUCAUAUAAAUUUGCGACUGAUGGGGUGGAGGGACUUCACGGAGGUCUGUACAGAUGGUCACAAAGCACAUAUAGCAAUACACGAAGUGUCGUCCUUUUUUUUAACUUCUGUGUCAUCCUUUUGAAGUUGUGCUGUGGCAAUUGGGGUUCUUGCUUUUGCCAGUUUGCAAUCGCGCUUUAGAAAUUGGGGAUCGUGUUGUGGCAGGUUGCAUUCGUGCUUUUCUUUUGCAAAGUGUUUGGUCUUUUGCAUUUUGCCUCACACCUCUCGGCCAUGGUAGAUAUACACAAACUUAACUAUCAAUGGCAUAACUGUUUGCACUUGUUUCGUCUGUUUUGAAGCGAUACAGCAGUUAAGAGAGAAUAAAGACGAUGACUUACCUUGUGCAUGUUGCACUUCACUGUUACUGGCUAAAACUUUUCGAACUAUAACCCCCCCCUUCGACUUGCGGUUUACGGUCAAGUGUUGCCUAUCUAUGGAUUUUUAGAACCUAAAGUGCACUCCUGCGGCUAAAAGUCGAGUGCAGCCUAUGUAAACAACCAAUUAUUUGUAAAUAUUGCUGAUUGUUUGAACCCCAAACUUUUGAACCGUAGUGUACAGUCUGAAAUUCCAGUAAAUUUUUAUCCAACAUAAGGUAGAAUUUAAACUGUAAAUGUAUCGUAAUUAAUGCAGUGAUAUACAAUGAUCCCUCGUUUUUCGUGGUUAAAGGGGAUCCCCCAUUAUAAUCGAAAUCGGCGAAGUAGAUGUGUAGCUUAUUUACAUUAAAAAAAAAAAAAAAUCUUUUUUGUGUGUGUUCAAUGCUUUUACUCAGAUUUAGCAUUGGAAAGAGUAUAGUUUACUAUAACAGUAUAAUUCUUUAAAUUCUUCAUUGACUGAGUCCUCUCAAAUCAACUUGCUGUUUAGCAAGCAAAUAUCAGCGAUGGACUGAGGGCGCAAUGUAGCGAGGGAUCACUGUAGUUCUUAUAUGGCUAUGCAGUGAUUUAUUUGAGCAAUGCUAGAACAACCUGUGCAAAGUUACUACAGAAAUUGAAUAUCAGAAGUCCAAGACAAAGAAUAACUUAAUGCCAAGAGGAAAAAAAAAAAGUUUUAAGGCACAUUCCAUUAAAAUAUUAUGUGUCAGUUUUGACACAUCAAUGGUCACUGAAGAAAAUGCACAUAUAAAAAAAAACUUAAUACUACCUGGUCAAUUAGUAGUUUUACGGCAUGUUCUUCGGGUGACAUAGAGUGGUUCCACAAAGUCACAAUGAUCUGACAUUUGUGUGGGUGGUGUGCAUUAUUACCGUCCCCAGAAGUAGGCAUGAUCUGACGUUUUUCUAACUGGUACCCAGAAAGGGAGAAAAACAGAUGGUGCGCAUAGUUACUGACCCCAGAAGAAGGUAUGAUCUGACGUUUGUGUAAGCGGUACCAAGAAGAGAGGAAAAAGCGGUCAGUGUGUAAAGUUACUGACCCCAGAAGUAAGUAUGAUCUGAGGUUUGUGUAAGCGGUACCCAGGAAGGGAUAAAAAACAGGUAUUGUGUAUCGUUAUUGACCCCAUAAGUGACGAAAACGAAAAAAUGUCCCCAUAAGUCGGUCUGUAGUCAGGUCGAUGCCUCUAUACUUUGUCUAAAUGGAAAUUUAAAGUGAUUUUUGCAUUGUACAAUUUUCGAGGAUGCUCCCUGAUUUUUUUCAGCUCUCUACGACAUUCAGAAAGGGUGGUCCCCAUAAUGCACGGUCUUGUCAGGUGUCCCUACAAUGACAGAAAAACAAGGCUGUGUGUGUGUGUGUGUGUGUGUGUGGGUGGGUGUGUGUGAGAGAGAGAGAGAGAGAGACACAGAGACAUAUCCCUCCUCUCUCCCCAUAUACUACUGUAACCACUGAUACCA